AUAAAAUUAGGCGCUCGCGUUGUGACUCAAAUCCCUCGUUGGUUAUCAGUUGCUUCGUUUUGUACCUUUUUGAUCAGUUGCAACCAUGUUCAUUGGCAUUACUGGACCCAGAAGUAGCGGAAAACAUACCAUCGCUCACUAUUUGGUAGAACAGCAUCGGUUUCAAUUCUUAUGUUUGACCUCUUCAAAAAAGAGAAACGACUACGAAGCACUCUAUGAUCGUGCCGUCCGAUUCAACAAUAGAGAGGACAUGCAGCUUUAUGUCACUGAACGAUGGCAAAAUGAUUUUGUUACCUGCGACAUGGACUGUCGCGAUCUUUGGACAUUCAAGAAACGUCCCUUUUUUUUGCUUGUAUCCGUAGACGCACCUAUUACACUUCGAUAUCAACGGUACAUUCACAGUUCCCCAGAGCAUCUUCUUUCACUAGAAGAAUUCAUCAUGGAAGAUGAUCGAGAAAAGUACAAUCGAUCGGCGCAAGACCAAGCCGAAAUAGCGCACCACACACCUCUCUACAAUAUCAUGGUGUCCUCUGACUUGUUUAUUACCAAUGCCUCCACAGAAAAAUGUGAACUAUUUGACACGCUGAAAAAAAUGGAUCUCACCAACAAGGAACGAUUACGACCGUCCUGGGAUACCUACUUUAUGCAUCUCGCGGAUUUCGCUGCCAAACGAUCCAACUGUAUGAAGCGACGCGUGGGAUGCAUUCUCGUCAAAGAUUUGCGCAUUAUCGCGACGGGUUAUAACGGUACACCGCGUGGUUUGAGAAAUUGCAAUGAGGGUGGCUGUGGACGCUGCAACGAAGCCGCCCCUUGCGGCACAAGCCUGGACCGAUGCUUGUGUAUGCAUGCAGAAGAAAAUGCAUUGCUCGAAGCAGGACGGGGUACUGUCGCACGCGACGGCCAUCAUGUCGUGCUUUAUUGUAACACAUGUCCUUGUUUAGGCUGUGCCAUCAAGAUUAUUCAACAAGGCGUCAAAGAAGUCGUUUAUAACAAAUCCUAUGGCAUGGACGAGAUGACAGCCAAAGUAUUUAAAGAAGCUCAAGUGAAUUUAAGACAGCAUAGUCCUCCUUCCACUAUCAUAGAAUUACGUAAAGAUUUAGAAGAAGAAGUUUCUUUUGUUGAAAUAAAAAACUGAAAAAAAAACUGAAAAAAAAAAAAAAUACCAAAAAAAUUCG